AUGCUAUCCCGAUACUACUCGAAUCUCACAAUUCUACUACGCAUCAUAGCGCGUAUGCUACGAUUUCCACAUCGAGAGCAGAGAGUAACCGAUCGUCUAACACCACAAGAGAUCAAGAGCGCCAUGCAAGUCUACAUACGCCACGUACAGAGCCAGCAUUACCAGAAGGAAAUCAAUCAGCUAGAACGCAAUGGAGAGGUAAAUCUCAGCAGCUCACUUCGCCAGCUAAAACCAUAUCUGGACGAUCAGCAUCUCCUCAGGGUGGGCGGUAGGCUGCAGCUCUCAGAGCUCAGCUACGGUACGAAACAUCCAAUCUUGCUGCCGCGCAACUCACUUCUCACCGCACUCAUUCUCCAUCACGAGCAUCACGAGCAGCUUCACUGUGGUCCGCAAUCAUUGCUGACUGCUGUACGACGACGUUUUUGGAUUGUUGGAGGAACGAGUGCUGCCCGCAAGACUUGUCGAGCCUGCGUCGAAUGUGUACAUGCGAAGCCAGCACCCUUGCAUCAACUAAUGGGACAGAUACCUAGCGAUCGCCUGACACCGAAUUCCCCCUUCUCCAUUACCGGCAUCGAUUAUGCCGGGCCAAUCAAUAUCAUUAGUCGCCGUACACGGGGCGCUACAUCUAGCAAAGGCUACAUCGCACUGUUCGUGUGCUUUUGCAUCCGCGCAGUGCAUCUUAAAGCAGUUUCGGAUCUCAGCACAUCCGCAUUCAUCGCUGCUUCCACACGCUUUAGCAGCCGAUAUGGAUUGCCAAGCAGACUCUGCUCGGACAACGCUACCAACCUUCGGGGAGCUGCCCGAAAAUUCCGUGAGCUGUACCAACACAUCAACGAAGCCGAGCAAGACGAUAAGGUGGUAGACUUCUUCUCAAACAAAGGAAUUGAGUGGAAGUUCAUUCCUGCACGAUCGCCGCACCACGGUGGCCUCUGGGAGGCAGGAAUAAGGGUGACGAAGGGGUUCCUGAGCAAAAUCGGUGGCGAUGCUCGUUUCACUUUCGAAGAGUUGAGUACCGUACUCGCUCAAGUGUCGGCCUGUAUGAACUCCCGGCCAAUCUCUCCACUCUCCAGUGACCCGAGCGAUCCUCAACCUCUCACAGCGGCCCAUUUUCUCGUCGGUCGCCCGCUUCGUGCCGUGCCCGAGAUCAAUCAGUUGGAACGUAACAUCGGAUCCCUAACCAGAUGGGAACACGUAGGGGAAUUGUGUAUAACGUGCCCCCCCUGA